AGAAGAAGAAGAGGUACGUCACACACAGCGGCAGCAGCGGAAGCAGCGCGAGGAGUGUGUUUGUGUGUGUGUGUGUUGCAGAGUCCAGUCUAACAACGGUGGAUCAACACCAUGUGCGCGGAGUAACUGGACGGAUUUUCGAGUAUAUCAGUGAAGUUUGCUCUUCUGAGGAGAAUAAAGGCGCGAACAUGGCCGAUGACGAGGCUUUGCGCGCGCUCAUGUUGGCGCUCAGUUACGUGCUGAUGAAGCGGCGGCGUGACGUCACCAGCGCGAACGCGCAGCGCAGGCACGAGGUUCAGCGGCGGGUCGCGCGCAGGCAGUAUUUUCACCAGAGACACAAGAGGAUGAUCAUGAUGCUGAUCGCUCAGACGUCGCGUCCCGUCGCGGAGCUGCCGGCGCGGCCCACUCGCGUGUGGAGCAACAUCGAGAGCACGGAUUGGUGGGAGCGUGUGGUGAUGAGGGAGUUCCAGCCGUCCGAUUGGCUGGAGAAGUUCCGCAUGACGAAAGAGACGUUCUUCCUGCUGUGCGGGAAACUGAAGCCGCGGCUAACCCGCCAGGACACACGCCUGCGCCCGGCGCUACCGCUGGAGAAGCGCGUAGCCGUAGCGCUGUGGCGUCUGGCGUCUAACGUGGAGUACCGCACCAUCAGCAGCCUGUUCGGCGUGGGCCGCUCCACUGUGUGCAAGUGCGUGCGCGACGUGUGCCACGCCAUUGUGCUAAUGCUACGCCCGCUGUACCUGCGCUCGCCCAGCGAGCAGGAACUGGAGGAUGCGGCUCGGCUGUUCGCCACGCGCUGGGGUUUCCCGCGGUGUGUCGGAGCCGUCGGUAGCCUCCACGUGCCCAUCAUCGCCCCGUCCAGCGACACGCAGCACUACUGGAACAGCCGCGGAUGGCUAUCGGUCGUCACGCAGGGCGCCGUCAACGCUCUGGGCCAGUUCUGGGACGUGUGCGCAGGGUUCCCAGGCAGCACCGAACACUCGGAGAUCCUGCAGAACUCCACGCUGUGGGCGCGCGGCUGCGAGCGCGGGUUUCUCCCGCCGCUGGACUUCAUGGGUCGCCCGCUAGGACACCUGAUGCUAGGCGACGCCGGGUUCCCGCUGAAGCGCUGGCUGAUGAAGAGCCACCCGGAGUCGCUCGAGCUCACGCCGGGGCAGCGCGCGUUUAACCGGCGGCUAGAACGCGCGCGGGCCGUGGUGGACCUAGCGUUCCUGCGGCUCCGCGCGCGCUGGCAGUGCCUGCUGAAGCGUAACGACUGCCGCAUGGACGUGGUGCCCACGAUGAUCGAGGCGUGCUGCGUCCUGCACAACGUGUGCGAGCUCCACGGGGACGCGUUCGACGCGCGCUGGGAGGAGGCGGUGCGGAGCGAGGAGAGCCCGCAGCCCGCGGACGAGGUGUCUCCCGCUAGCGACGACCCCGACGCACAGGAAGUGCGCGAGCUGUUCUGCGAGUACUUCCUGCAGCAGGAGAACCAGCAGAGGACGCUCGACUGCUAGGAGGAGGAGUGGGAAACGUCACCGCGAGAGGCUUUACACUCGACACUUCUGAUCCGCUCACACACACACUCGCUUACACACACACUCUCGCUCUGUCUCUCUCUCUAAAAUACAAUUUUUCAAAUAUGAUUUUAAAACAUUGGAGCGUUAGAGACUCGUCCUCGUGUGUAUCAGGACCUGCACCUGUAAUAUUCCUCUAUAAUAACACUAAUCGCACAACAGAAGACUGAGGACACACACGACGGCCUCAUGGACACAGAACGUCACAGCGAGAGCGAGACACACACACUUCUGUUGGCCAGUUCUAGCGGUCCGGUGUGGGUCUGGAGGCCGUCAGUGUUGUGUUUGUGUCCGAUAGUGGAGGAUGUUAAUGUGAUUUCUCUACACUUGUGUAAACUCACACUUCCACUGAUAAAAAGUACAGACUUUGGUACCAAGUCACUUCUGAAAGUUUAAAAAGUGCGACAGGACUGCGUUUCCCAAACUCGAGCUGAACUCUAUAGUUGUCUUUGGGAAACACGCAUCAGUGAGCCGAUCAUGUGACAGAAAUCUUCAAAAAGAUUGUUUUAAAUGAAUCAGGAUGUGUUUUAAUUGGUGUUGUCAGUGUUGACUUUUUUGUAGCCAAUCACAGACAAAUGUGAACGCAUGAACUGAACGGCCAAUCAGAGGGGUUUACGGUUCCGCUCAGAGCUGCACAAUCUGAGCAUUUCGGUAUCGAAGUCGGUACUUUUCGACAACUUCAUUUUUAAUAGUCUUAAAUUCUUCAAAUCAUUAAACAUGAAAACGAUCUCUCAUUAUGAUAUUCUGUGUGAUGUUAAUGUGUAUCAAGAACUUACAAAUAUAAAUUCAUUCAGUUACUUUUUGAGAAA